AGCAUCGUUCUGUACAGAUCAGAAGAAGAGUCAGGAAAAGACAUGCAUCUAGUUGAGCUACACUUGAACGGGGGCUUCACUUGGAAGUUCUUGAAGGAGAUGUUGGUUCAGAAACUGGGAAUGAAAGAGAUCCAUGGGAUAAAGUUCGAGCUCAUGGAUUCGUCGGAGCAGUAUCUGUGCCGAAAUGAGGACGAGUGGAUGACCUGUGUACAGGCGAUACUGAAGCAGCCGGAGGCGAUGGCGAAGGCCUACCUCAUGAGGGAGGCGCCCAUGAAGGCGUUCAAGGUUUCGUUGCCGGUCAGCACGAGCUCUCAGCCCGCGUUCCACAAGAAGAAGAUCUCUUACGAGAACUUCUACGACUCGCCCGUCAUGUACAUCCUGUCGAGCAACAGUCAGAACGUGCAGCCGUCGAAGGAUACGAAGAUCUUCGUGAAGAAGAGGGAGAAGACGGCGGUGAACUUCAGGAUACGAUCCUCGACCAGAGCAAAGGAGGAGACUUCUUAUCUGUACCUGACGGAGACUGAGACGAACAUCGUCCACACACUGAAGAUCUUCGUGAAGUGGAGCGAGGAAG